GAUAGCAUAGAAGCCACAGCAGCACCCGGCCUGUGAUCCUCCUGCUCUGGUGGCCCAGAGUUCCCCACCUGCGCGUGACUCCUCCUCCUGUCUCUAUUCCGCAGCGUCCGCACCCUGGCGACACGCUGUUUUGGCGACCGCACCUGCGUCGGGGUAGGGUAGGGGACACUCUGGGGAUAGAAGGAAAUGCAAGGAGGGUCUUGGGAACACCCCGGUGCCGGGUGAGCAACCUCGCCUACGGUGGAGGGGGGGGGGGUGCACUGUCUGGAGCCUCCCACCCGCAGGCUGCGGCACCGAUGCGCUGUCCGCGGUGCUGACGCCGGCCGGUCGCUCGGUCGGGAGGGGGAGCAGACGCCCUGGUUCCCGCCGCGCCCGGAGCUCAUAGAGGCUGCCUGUCCUCGGUUCCCAAACCGUAUCUUUUCACCCAGAUGACUCCGCCGGAGUCCUGGAGCUGCGGUUGGACCCAGGAACAAAAGCGUGAGCAAAGGGAACUUAAAUUUCAGGCUAGAGCCCGAGAAUCGAAAGUCGGGUUCGGCUCCCGAGGGCCCCCAGUCCCUGAGACCUCAAAGCACCAAGUUGAACAAAGUUUCCCAGUGGCUUGAGAAAGGAAGACAUUUCGGAGCCCAAGCGCGGGGAAAGAAGGACGAGGUUUUUUAGCGAGCUGGCAUCCAGAACGGCAGUGGGACACCUGCUCUGGUGGGACGCACUGUUGCGGCCAGAACGACCUGGAGGCUUCGCAGCAGCCCAACUCUCCACCCAUUCCUCCCUUCCUCACUCAUCCCUCCCCAACACUCCGCCCCGGGCUCGGAUGACUCCGCCUCUCCGUGUCGGGUAGCUCUUCAGCGGUAGCAGGGAAAGGAAGGGAGCGCUUCCCCGGAGGACAAGGCUGGGCUCUGAGGCUCGGAAGCCGACGCCGCCAGCUCAAUUAUAGGGGAGGAACAGGACUGCUCGCACAGCCUGCGCCUAGGCGAAACCGAUCCCCAGCAGCCUCAUGGAACGCUCCAGAGGACUCCCUCUGUGCCCUGCCACCGUGCUCCGAUCCUAGGCGUCCGGACUCUACGGUUCACCCUGCUCGCAGCCCGCGGCCUGUCCAGAGUGGAGUAUGCGGCCCGGAGCCCCAUGGACUCUAGCCACCGGGGGCGCUGGCCUAGCUUCGGAGGCAGGAGCCCGAGGGCAGCAAGUGAGGAGCCGCGAGAGGCUGUAAGGCGUCGGGGCGCGGAGAGUAGCGCUCCAGCCCCGGUGUCCGCUGGGCCGGACGACCGGUGCGCGGCCUGAACGCCCGGCAGGAGGCGGAUCGCCCUGCCGUCCCGGUUCCGGGAAGACUGCAGGGGGGCUCCGCUGCGGCCCCUGACCUCUGGCCACCAUCCUCACGCUCCUGCUCCUACGGCGGGGAUGUCACGGCCUCGGCUCCGAGCGCCGCCCCAGCCCCGGGGCUGAGCUGCGGACCAUGUCCUCCCGCAGCCCCCGGCCCCCGCCCCGCCGCUGCCGCCGCCGCCUGCCGCGCCCCUCCUGCUGCUGCUGCUGUUGCCGCCGCUCGCACCUCAACGAGGACACCGGCCGCUUCGUGCUGCUGGCGGCGCUCAUCGGCCUCUACCUGGUGGCGGGUGCCACCGUGUUCUCUGCGCUCGAAAGCCCGGGCGAGGCGGAGGCGCGGGCGCGCUGGGGCGCCACGCUGCGCAACUUCAGCGCUGCGCACGGCGUGGCGGAGCCCGAGCUGCGCGCCUUCCUCCGGCACUACGAGGCCGCGCUGGCCGCCGGGGUCCGCGCCGACGCGCUGCGCCCGCGCUGGGACUUCCCUGGAGCCUUCUACUUCGUGGGCACCGUGGUGUCGACCAUAGAUUCGCAUACUCCAACAGCCGCACGCAGGCACCAGAAGGCUGAACCUACGUGUGCCCCAGACCCUGUGUACAGCUGAUGGGAAUGGCAUGCCGUUCUCAAUCCUGGAGUUUGGCUACUACACUCUUGAAAUUCCAGUCUUCAAAACUGAGCACAAACACCCCCUUCACCCACUGGGCUUCCCCAGUCACUCCAGCAGGGGCACUUCCUUCAGGAGGCGCUACUGUGGAUGCACCUGGAGGCUGGGGUAGUCUGUAGGGGAUGCUGCUGUGUCCUUAGAUCCAAGCACUGCCACUCUGGGCACAGCCUUUUUUAACUUCCAAACUCUCUCAUGUGACCUCUCUUCCCUUGUCUUAUCCCAAGUUCUUCCAUCUGCGAACAUCAUCACUUAUACCGUGAUCUUGAGCCAGUUACUAACUUCAGCAUCUUUAUCUGCUAGGUGGAUCCCAUUUAUGAGUCUCACACAUGGGUAUGAUAGCAAUUCCCACCACAGUCCAUCCAAUCAAAGGCACUAUUCAGUGUGGAUACUGUCAACCAUGUUUCGGCAUGACAACACCAGCCACAGUGGGCGGGAAGGCCUUCCUCAUCGCCUACGGACUGUUCGGCUGCGCGGGGACCAUCUUGUUCUUCAACCUCUUUCUAGAGCGCAUCAUCUCGCUGCUGGCCUUCAUCAUGCGCGCCUGCCGGGAGCGCCAGCUGCGCCGCAGUGGCCUGCUGCCCGCCACCUUCCGCCGCGGCUCGGCGCUGUCGGAGGCCGACAGCCUGGCGGGCUGGAAGCCCUCGGUGUACCACGUGCUGCUCAUCCUGGGCCUGUUCGCCGUGCUGCUGGCCUGUUGCGCCUCGGCCAUGUACACCAGCGUGGAAGGCUGGGACUACGUGGACUCGCUCUACUUCUGCUUCGUCACCUUCAGCACCAUCGGCUUCGGGGACCUGGUGAGCAGCCAACACGCCGCCUACCGGAACCAGGGGCUCUACCGCCUGGGCAACUUCCUCUUCAUCCUGCUCGGCGUGUGCUGCAUCUACUCGCUCUUCAACGUCAUCUCCAUCCUCAUCAAGCAGGUGCUCAACUGGAUGCUGCGCAAGCUGAGCUGCCGCUGCUGCACGCGCUGCUGCCCGGCUCCCGGCGCGCCCCUAGCCCGGCGCAACGCCAUCACCCCGGGCUCCCGGCUGCGCCGUCGCCUGGCCGCGCUGGGUGCCGACCCCGCGACUCGCGACAGCGAUGCCGAGGGCCGCCGCCUGUCGGGCGAGCUCAUCUCUAUGCGCGACCUCACGGCGUCCAACAAGGUGUCGCUGGCGCUGCUGCAGAAGCAGCUGUCCGAGACGGCCAACGGCUACCCGCGCAGCGUGUGCGUCAACACGCGACAGAACGGCUUCUCGGGCGGCGUGGGCGCGCUGGGCAUCAUGAACAACCGGCUGGCAGAGACCAGCGCCUCCAGGUAGAGCGGCCGCCCGCCCCCAGCGUCGCGGACCGGGCCGGGGCUGCGCGCCGCCGGGCGGGUUUGCUUCACUUCUCUCCGAGAUGGCGCUUUCUUAAUCUUUAUCCAAUAAAAACGAAACCAAAAAAACAACCACCAAAACAAACAUGUUUUCUAAAGAAAUACUAUUGGGCCAGGCCUGACGUUAUCAAGGGCAAGUUUUAGAUGAGACUGAUUUUUUUUUUUGAGUCCCCUCUUGGAGAAUCGUGGCCCCCAACAAAUUUCCCCUCCAGAAGGAGAAAAAGUGGCACCCCAAAUUCCCCGCUCCGCGCCAGUGCAUACUGCAGCGAAGAGAGUGAGUGCAUCCUGGCUUUCGCAGACAGGCACGAAACCCUUCCCCAUGCACAUAAGCAGCUGGCAACCCCAAAGCAUAUGGUGCCGCCUUUCAUGGCUCUGAAUUACCUCCUCAGCCUUUAGAAUACUGGCUCGGCCUAGCAGCUUGCUUCUGGUCGUCAGAAGUGAUAUAGUCACAGUUUUGACAGGUGGGGGUAGGGUGAGCCAUAUGUUGCCUCCCUGUGUAUAUAUAUAGAACAGCCACUACACACAGGGAAUGGUGUAGUAUUAUGCAAUUAGAGGAAACACAGCACCCACCGCGGCGGCAGCAUACCCCACCCCCACCCUCACCCCCACACAUACUUGAAAAUUGCAAAUGGUGAGGGGCUUAGCUGGCCUUUCUCAGCCCGCGGCUAGUCCACUCCAUAAGUUCUACUUGCAGAAGCCCAGGGGGACCUGCAGGGAGGGGCUCUCUGACUGAGAGACUUGCUCUGCUUCAGCGUGUUCUCUGAUGUGAGCCCUCAACCUUCUCUUCAUUCACAAGCUUAAUGCACACGCAGGGAGGCUUUCUAUAACUAACGGAGACCAGCUGUCUCCUCUUGGAGAAGACUUUGUUACUGUUGUCCUCUUAACUACCAUUGACCAGCUCAAUUCUUCCCCUUUCUAAAGAGCCUAGAGGUGCAGAGCAGAGCCCUCCCCCCCCUCCACCUCUUCUUUGAUUAGGGACUCUGCCGUCUACUCCCAAAGGGUCUGCAGCACCAGAAACCCAAAGCAGCCAUAUUACAAAUGUCAGGCCACUUAAGCUCCCAUGCCCACCACAUAGUGUUUGAGAUCAUGUUCUAAGUCAUGUGUGGUCCUCAAAUAACCAGGUGGGCUGUUUACUGCAUUGAAUUCUACACCGGAGGUAGAGGAGGCAGGAGGGAGGGAGCUGCCAGAACCCAGAGGAGUCAUAGAAUGAAAGGAACACUCUCUGAAUGGUCCUCAGGCCAAGGGACAGAACCUCCCAGACUCGUCCUCUGCAGAGGGACGUCCAGAUGCCCAAGGCUUCAUUGAAAUGGCAGAGUUUGGAGCUGUGAAGGAGCACCACUUCUGCCCUUUGUCUUAUCUAAAGAAAUGUGAACAUGUAAGAAAAGUAGUGUCGGUGUUUAUAAGCACACAGUGUGGCCACUGUGCACCACUUCUGGUAGGAAUUCCAGCAAAAGUGUCCCCUCAGUAUCAUCCUUCUCCUUGGCAAUGUGCCUGAAGUGUGUGUGUGUGUGUGUGUGUGUGUGUGUGUGUGUGUGUGCGCGCGCGCGCGCAUACACCAUUAAGAACCAUGCUUGAAUGUCAAACUCCUCUUUCCCCUUCCAGUUCACAUAGGAAGGAAAAGAACUAACCCAGGUUGCAGGGACUUGGUUUGAGUAAUUCCCAACCUGCUUUACAGUUGGCCUUUAAACACAGGCUCUAAACUGAUGGGACACCAGUGAAGUAGGGCUAGCAGGAGACAGAUUUAGUCUUGCUAAAUCUUCAAGGGGUAGAAUCCUUCCAGAAGCCAUGCUUUCAGGAUCCACUGUGAUUGUCCAGCAGGGCUAGCUCAUGAACUUGCAUCUGAAUGAUGGCUUUGGUCCCAGAAUAUACUUUAGCCAGUCUAGGCCUUCUGACAGAACCUGGAAGUAAAGCAUCAGGCUUAUCCAUUUAAAAGAGGAACAGAUUAAAAAAACAUCCAAUUAGAGAUGUCACCUAGGCAACAGAAAUAACUUGGGGAGCUGAGCCAUUCAGAGGGGGGAAGCAGAGAUCCCAUGGCAGAGGCAAAAUAGCAGUUUGCCCAUAGGGAGGGAGCUCUGGCACAGUAGGACCAAGUUACCACAGCUAGACGGACCUACUAAGACAUCCAGGCCACCGUACUGAUGAACAAACACGUAGCUCUGUGGAAUCCUCCGUGAGAGGAUGGGGAGCCACCUCCAGGAGCCUCCUCUGGGGAAGAAGAAUGCCAAGCGUCCGUCCCUUGGCAGCAUCCUCUGUCACCAUGCUUCUUAGGCUCUCUGCGUUGCUUACGUUGCACGGCCUUAGCUGUUUCCCAUUCCCUCCCUAUGCUUUGGCUUUGGAAGAAGGCAAGUGGCUGCAGUUAGAGCAAGCCUCUAAAGGAAAUAGACGCAUAGUGUGAGGGGGCAGGGAAAGGAAGCCCCUUUCUCCUUCCUUCUCGUGACUUCCCAGAGAAAUCUCUGUCCUCCACCAAGUACAAUACAUAGUAUCUCAGGAUCCAGUGACACCUAUACAUCUUGGUCCCUGUCCCUCUGGUCCCCACCACAUAACACCAGUCUGUCCUACUAUGUGGUACGACAUACCGUCAUUCUCCCCUGUACAAACCAAAGGAUUCAGUUCCCCAGAUGCCCAGAGGCUGCUGAGCUCUUGAAAAGCUGGGGCUUCCGGGUCAGGGGACUUGAUGGAUCAAUGGAGUUAUGUGGUAUGGCUUCCCGUUUAAGGGAAAGCUAAGAAGAAAAAGCUCUCCUAUCACUUUGGGAACAGCGACGUCGAUCAGGACCCCUUUACUAAGAAGGUCUCCACAUCCUUAGAUGGUAACACCUCUUCCAUGAUCAUGGGUGUCUCUUGAAUGACCCAUGGCUGGCAGCUCACCAAUGCUCUCAGCUCCUGUGGGCUGCGGCUCACCUGCCUGACCUCAGGUACACACACACACACACACACACACACACACACACACACACACAGUGUUCUAGUGCAUUGUAGGCUUCUAUACUGACAGUGUGACUCCCAUAAUCCUUUGUCUUCUGGUUGUGGCCACACAGAACACAGAAGCCAGGGGCUGGACAUCAAGCCUUCUUAGAGUUAAUUAGGUCAGCAAAGAAGCCACUGUUGAUGCCAUCACCCACUAAAGCCAUGCAGUCAGUCCCUGUGUCUUCCCAGUAUAGCUCAAGGUCCUGGUGGGAUGGUCUAAGUGGCCAGACAAUCUCAGGCCUCCACCCUUGAACAGUGACAGGGAGCCCUAGCCCUUGCGUGUCGUGCGUACACGCGCACAGCAACCACAACAAGUCACUAGCCCUUUCUGAGGGACCCUCCCAGGUGAGGCCACUUUGAGAAGAACGGUUUCUUUUUCCUGUUUAAUUCUCUCGAGAUCUCCUAGGGCUUUGUUCCCCUCAGUGUUGGGGAGUUUUGUGUGCAGUGUGCAUGUGUUUAUGUGUUACACAGAAGCCAGCAUCCAGUCUCAAGCCCACCCCUAAGAAGUAGAUGGUCACCAAAACACCCAGAAGGCACCUCUUCUUACAGGUUUUGGAGUGAGGGUAACUGAGCCCUUAUCAAUAGAAGAGACACUUCUGGAGGGGACCGAGUCAGCCAACACCGGGCCUAUGGACCACCUGGGUCUAUCUUAAUGUAACCUUUUACACUCAUAGGGGUCAAAAUAAGCACAAUGCUCUAUCAGUGUCUGGGAGGUCCUGCCAGCCAGCAGCUCAGGGCACUUCAGUGUCCAGAAGAGACGCUGGGGCUUUGUCUGUCUGUCUCUAGGAUUGCUGAAUAGCACCACGUGACUCUGAAGGCUCCGCCAGCAGAGUGGGAAGGGGAAAAGGACCUACUGAAGCCAUUCCUGGCCACACAUGGUCUCAACACCACAGAUGUGGGGCCUGGACUCUCGUGACCCCAGAGAAGCCCCAGAACCUAUAGGCAUCCUGACCUGUGACAGAGCAAAGCCAGCCUCACUAUGUUCUGAGGAGGAGCAAUAGCCUUUCUGCAGCAACCCCUCCCAAGACCCUGCUUCCUCCCCGACCCCCCCCCCGGCCCCCCCCAAGGAAGCUGGCCCUGGCAUUACUACUCAUUUCUGAUGCUGUGUUCUCUGGGGAGUGGUUCGAGCAUGCAGGCGAGCCUACAGCACUUGAAAACAACACUUUUCUCCUUCCGAGCAGCACUUUGCUCUGAGAGCACUAAAAGGUAUUUAAAUUAACGAUGAAUAAAAAGUAGCCUGCCACCCUU